UUUUACGUAUUUUCUUUUAUCAUCAUAAUGAAUUCACAUUGACAUUGUCUAGAGGUGUAAAUUUCGGCGGUUUUGCUUUGUUCGUUAACUUUAAAGAAUUGAUUUACUUUUUAAGUUUCAGUUGUCAUAUUCGGUUGCGAUGGAAAGAGUUCAUUCAGGCACGAUCACAGUCUUGGUUUGUACCGCCUUUUGGUUAAUUUAAUUACGAUGAAUAUUACCUUUUCUUUUUUGUCUUGUGGAAUAACUAAGUCCUUUUGCUCGUCAAAUAGAUUCCAGAGUGUGAUUGGAAGCUUAUACUUCAAUUUGUUUUCUUUUAUUGUUUGUUGUGAAUUAUUCCUUAUUUUUCAGUUCGAGAUCGGUUCAGAGGAUUCUGAAUUGAAGCCCUCGUUUUCAUCCUCUAGAGUACCACACCAGCUGGGAGAAAAGUGUUACAUUUAUUUUCAUUAUGGUCUGUUUUAAAGUUUGCUGGCUAUAGAUAGUUCAUUUGCUGAUUUUACUUGUUUCGAAGAGUGUUUGCGUACUAUCGGCGAGACAAGAUUUGCCCCCCGCAAAACAUCGCGCCGUCCACUUGCUCUGCAACCCAAUACUUUCCGCCGAAGCGCCUCCCACCAAACCGCUCCAGUUUGCCGCCUCAGACGUUUAAAGCACCUGUGCUCUCGACCUUAACCUCGCUCCAUAUAUUAUUGUUGUCGGUGGUUAAUGGGAAAGAUGAACUGUGCUGCUGUUUCUCUUCGGUUUACAUGAACGUAUGCUCAUGUUGUCGUGCUCUACGUCGUGCUCUACCGGCUGCUUGCUGCAUACUUACUGAAGUAAAACGUCAGUGUGUUCGCAAAUACAAUCGGUUGCCCAAUUUAAUUACAGGAACUAUGAAGCAAGACUAUGCAGAGGUUUCUACAUGGAUUUGUCUUUGUUGUAGUGAAAUGAUAAGAAUGGAGCAUCCCGGAUUUUGUAUUCGAAGCUGUUUUCCCAUUUCUUUGCGGAUUCAGAGCAACUUCUCAACAAUUUGCAAUUGCCCUGUGAGUUUCAUUUUCUUUCUCUCUGUUUUGUUUUUGCUUUCCCGUUGGUCAUAAUGUUUUUCUUUUU